AUGAUCACGGCUCUGAAAAAGUCUUGCCCUGGAUGCAUCAAACUGAACCAGGUUCCAUUCGCGACAUUCGAGGCCGACGUCCCUGACGUCCUCAAAUCAAUUCAGCCUACUUUCUCCUACUGUCAGGCUGAUAUUUUCGGACCCGUAUUUGCUCACAAAGAUGGUAUCAAGGCCAAGAGGUGGAUAUUGGUCAUUCUCUGUCUUUCCAGUCGCGGGGUGCACCUAGAGAUCCUACACAACUACAGCUCCCAAAGCAUCACCAGAAGAUUCAACAGAACCUUCGCCCUGCGAGGCACACCUCGCAUCAUUUGGAUUGAUGCCGGUCUCAACAUUGUUAAGGCUGGCAAAGACCUGGUUAACACUGAGAUGAAGGUCAUCUCCAGCCUCAACCUGAAGUUCACCUCCAUUGAAUUUAGAACUACUCUUCCCAAACACCAUGCAGAGAUCGGAGCUGUUGAAAGAAUAAUCGGCUCUAUUAAGAACACAGUCAGCAAGUCACUCGUCGGCCCUGACCAACUGACAAUGGACGAGGAGGAAUUGCUCACCUGGACCCAUGUUGUUAUUGAAAAACUCAACAACAGACCUCUUAUCCUUGGAGCUCCACUAGGAAUCACCCUCACUCCCAAACACGUUCUCCAGGGGUUCAGGGAAGGUUUCGGAGAUGAAGUCAACCCGGCUGCUCCUAUCAACCAACAGAUCUCCAGGUGGAAUGUAGCUCUCAACACGUUCCACUCUCUAUGGGAGCAGGAAUAUACCCGACGCAGAUUCACUGUCACCUGGAAGAACCAGGGUAGCCUUCCACAAAUCGGAGAUAUAGUCCUGUUCAAGAAUGAACCCAUAUACAAGAAUCCUAUCUCUGCAGCCAGGGUGGAACAACUCCUUUGUAGAAAGAACGGAGACGUCUAUGGCGCUACUAUUAGCCACCGCCGUGAAGUAGGAGGGCGGAAAAUAGUAGUAGACAGACACCUCAACCAACUGUUUCCAUUCAUGAACCUGGAAACUCAGAACCCCCAGGAGACUGUCCACAGCCUCACCUCGGAAUCAGCAGAAGCAAGGAAUUUAACCUCAGCUCCAAAUUCCAGACCAGAACCAACACAAGAUGAAAUCCACCCGAAGCUCACUGAAAUCAAUCAAUAG